CGAAAAGUUACAAGAUAGUAUAGCCCGCGUCAUGAAAAGUAAAGACAGCUUAGAAAUACAACAGGUAGGCAUGGGGAGAUACGAGAUGGUCCUACUGGUAUAUAAAUGAGGUUUUGUCGCUGCUGUAACUCAUUCCUCAACAUCUUCAAUUCACCAUCACCAACACUCAACUGCAAAUCCUAGUCAGCUUUCCUCUCAACGGAGUAACUUUUGAUUCCCUCUAUUUGUCGCUUUACCCCUUGAUAACACCAUCACCCUUCAUUAAACUCCAGGUUAUCACAUUAAAAAUGGCGCCUACCAUCUUCAUUAUUGGUGUCACUGGAUACAUCGGUGGCGAGGUUGCUGUCGUGUUUGCAGAGAAGCACCCAGAGUACAACCUCGUCUUUCUCGUCCGCAACUCCGAGCAAGCCAAGAUAGUCAAAGCCCGAUUCCCAUCAUCCGAGACCGUCAUCGGUGACCUCGACUCCCACGACGUACUCUUUGAGCAGGGCAAACGCGCCGAUGUCGUUCUCCAAACCGCUUCGGCAGACCACAUUGCCGUUGGCGAGUCCAUCAUUGCGGGCAUGGCCCAGGGCAAGAAGGGCCACUACAUCCACGUCUCCGGGUCCGGAAUCCUGCACGACGUGACGAACGGCUUCGGAAACCCGAGCUCCAAGAUCUACCACGACACCAGCGACCUCGCUGCGAUCACCUCCUUCGACUCGUCGCACGUGCACGCCGACACCGACGCCUCCGUCACCGCCGCGGGCCUCAAGCACGGCAUCCCCACCGCCAUCGUCUCGCCUGUUACCAUCUACGGUGUCGGCCGUGGGCCUAUCAAGACUCGCAGCCUGCAGAUUCCCUUCCUGACUGAGGCCAUCAUCAAGCGCGGUAAGGCCUUCACUGUGCUUGAGGGUAACAACAUCUGGGAUAACGUCCAUAUCACCGACCUCGCCGAGGCGUAUAACGUGCUCACCGAGGAGGCUCUCAAAUUGAACGGCGGCAAGUCGUCCUGGGGCAAGGAGGGCUACUACUUCGUCGAGUCCGCCGAGCACAGGUGGAAAGAUAUCGUGACUGAGCUUGCUAAGAUCGCGCACCAGAAGGGCGCGAUCAAGUCCGUGGAAGUGGAGAAGCUGAGCGUUGAAGACGCCAGUGCCGCGCAUCCAUGGGCUCCGCUGCUCUGGGGGGGGAACUGCCGCAGCAGAGGUGACCGUAUCAGGGCUCUAGGGUGGAAGCCUAGCGCUCGCAAGAUUGAGGAGUACCUCCCGGAAAUGGUGGAUUUUGAGAUCAAGUCCCUGGGAACGCAGUCUUCCGCUACUACGUUCUAAGACUGUGUGAGGAGCUUCGGAAAUUUGGCUGGUGUAACUGAGUCUUUAUUUUAGCAGGCAGCGUAUAUAGCAACAACAUAAAAGAG